CUUAUCCCUAAAGAGACGACGACCCAGUGACAGCCACCGCCCCAGCACAGGGUUUGGGCAGACGCAUCCCACGCCCCUCCGAACUUUGCCUUUCCUCGCCGGGCAAGCCCUGCAUCCUCCCCCAGUCCCAGCCCCGCCGAGGCAGCCUGCCAGCCUCCUUAGCAUGCGGUGCUCAUUGCCGGGGAGCGCCGAGGAGACGAGGUCAGAGGCUGUGAGCGCGCUGGUCCAGCAUCCCUGCCAGCCCAGCUCACCACGGGACAGCUCCUAAGGGAUAACCUCCAAGGGGGCUGCGUCUGCACACCGAUCCUUUGCUGAUAAGCCCGUUGCCAAGUCUCCAUCGCUAGGACAAAAGAGGAGUUUUUGCUUCCUGGCAGGUUUUUCUGCUUUGAAUGACAGAGAAGGCUCUGGAGGCUCCUUCCCUCCCUGAGCUGGGACACAAUGGAGCUUUUCAGGCUGAGUCUGAGUUGCAUUUGCCUCCUGCCUUGGCUUGAGGUAGCAGAGGGACAAGGCUUCCUCAUAAGGAACACCCGGCUGGAAAAGUGCAUCCAUGUCUCCCACCACAAGACUGAUGGCAUCGGCCUGACCGACUGCAAGCCACGCUCCCUGCAGCAGCAGUGGAGCUGGGACCCUGCCACCAGGACCAUCACCAGCCUCCAAACGAAGCAGUGCUUGUCAGCCCACAGGGCGCAGGAGCACGCCCUGGCCACACUGGAGCCCUGUGGGAACUGGGAACACCAGGCCUGGGCCUGCAGCAAGAAGGGGCACUUGACUCUGCAAAGCUUGGGCUUCCACCUCAGCACCAAGGAAGGAGGCCACAAGGUCUUCGUCUCGAGGGAGAAGGACAAAUUCAGCAGGUGGAAGACUUUAGCAGAUGAAACCAUCUGUGCUGCUGCCCAGACGGUAGCUCUGAGGCCUGGCGAAGCAAUGCGAGAAGCUGUAGACACCCGGGUGUGGAUAUAUGAAACUAAAACCAUUGAUUCAUCAAAGACUGAUUCCAUGGACAAGGGAUCUUCCGUGGACUUGACUGACCCACUUCUGGUUAACAACUUUAACAGCACAGUGUCUCCAGUGAAGACCAACCAGGCAUACCUCCCAGCAAACGAGGAUUUGUCCCACAAUCACUCCAAAAAGCACCAUGGAAAUCGAGGGAAAACUGCUGGGGCAAGGCUUGCAGGCACCAACUGGAAGACAGCCAUGCUCGUCCUCAGCCCCUUGGCAUUCAUACUGGGAUUAAUAAUAUUGACACUCAAUGUGCAUUACAACAAGAAGAAGAAAAUCCUCUCUGCUCUGAAGAACCCUGCAGCCAGCAGCAGCAGAGCUGACUUACAGGAGCCAUCUCCCUUACGAAGAGGCCCCCAGCCGUAUCUUCCACCAUCUCGCUCCCCUUCCUUGCGGCAUGGAGAGAUCCUCAUCGAGUGGAAAGACGGGACGGUCACUCCACUUUUUGACAAUGCCAAUUACCAAGUGGACUAGCUCCGAAAACAAUGGAGCUGUUGUUCGAUCCCUUUUCACCCACCACCCUCCUCACCUGGAAGAAGGGUGCCUCCGUAGUGAUCCUGCUCCCAGGCCUUACCGUUUUGGUAGGGAGUUGUAAGCGCUGUUGUUUUGUGGUGAUUUUUUUUCUAUCUUUUUUUUAGACACUCGAGAACAAUCACCUUAUGCAGCACAAGGUUGAAGCAAGCAGAGCAGAUUGUUUUUUUUUUUUUGUGUAGGCACUCACUGCUUAGCUUUUCCAGAAUGGAUUUAACAGAUAACAAAGCCCAGGUUUAGCAAAGUAAAGCCAGUAUCUUGCCAGCUGCAACUGUCCAUUGCCCUGAAUUUCUAGUUACUGAGAAGAUGAGAAAGUAAAUCCUUGGAGACAAGGUAUAAGGAGAAAACACAAGUCCUGGUGAUCUUUACACCCUGUUUAAGUUAAAACUAGCUGCCAACAGACACAGAAGGCUGUCAGUUACUUUGUCAAUGUGUGAACAUCACUAAUAAGCUCUGCCUUUGGGACUUGAAGAUGAAAGAGGCUCCACCAGAUUAUCUGCCAAAAUAUUCCCUCCACUAAAUUAUCACUUAAGUAACAGCUAGUCAUUUUUUCUAAAUUAAAAAGUUGCACUCCAUCAUUCCUCUAUGUAUCACUGCAAGAGCCCUGCUGAGAGAGUGUUUCCUAAAGUAUUUCUGUGUUUAAGAUUUAUUAAAUCUUAUUAUAACACACCCUUUCUUUAUGUAGAAUGAUAAGUUAACAGUUGUGCUCAGCGGGGAUAUUAUCUAGCCAUUUAAAAUCAGUUUCAGUCUGACUUCCUCUAGCCACAAUGAACAGACAUACUGCCCCCAACUAGAGCAGUAAUAUAUAGUGGUGGGUUUUGUUGUUGUUGUUUUCAUAGAAAGAAGGCACUGUUUUCAACUUUUAUACUUCUUCUAUGAGCGUGUGACCUGUCACACUCAAUCCUGAUCUUUUCUCAGAGAAACUUGCAAUGUCCUAGUACCUUCCUAAUAUUCAUGACUUUAUGCCUUCCUUCUUGUGGAUCAUGUGAUGCUGUAAGCUGUAAUCACAGCUAUAAAUCAGGAAUUAUCUGAGAAAGAAAUAUUAACACCAGGAAAUUACAAGUAUGAGCUGCAUCAGUGUAUUUCGGCAGUGCAAGUGAAACUUCUUUCUUAUUCAAACAACACUUUUCACUUUACCUAAAUGAAAUUAUGCAAUUUCAGUGGAGCUUUGACUUCACAGACUCACAGAAUGGCUGAGGUGGGCAGGACCUUUGGGUCCACCUGGUCUAACCCCCUGCUCUAGCAGAGACACCCCAAGCAUGUUGCCCAGGACAAGUCCAGGUGGCUUUUGAAGAUCUCCAAGGAGGGAGACCCCACAGCCUCUCUGGGCCACUUGUGCCAGUGCUCUGCCACCCACACAGUGUAGCAGUGCUUCCUGGUGGUCAGGGGGAACCUCCUGUGCUCCAGUGUGUCUCAUUUCCUGGUACUGGGCACCAUAAGAGAAGCCUGGUUCCAUCAUCUUUGAACUUCUUUACAGUUUGAUUUUAUUUACUUCUUCUACAGUAGAAUCAAGUUCUCCAGGAAAUUUUUAAUCUUUUUUUUUUUUUUUUUUUUUAAACAUACAACCACAGCCUGGAAAAAAAAGUUAACUGCCACAAGAUAUUAUUACGACCAAGAACUUAGCUGGUCUCAAGAAAGAAAAUACAAACCUUAUUAGUUCAGGGCAUAAACUCACAGGGUUGGAAAUAAAUGUCUUCCCUAAGCACAUCAUUCAAUAAUUAUUUACUAGGGGUUUUCCCAGACACACCUUGGGAAAAUACUUUAGUAAUAGACAUGGGCAGAGGAAGAACUCUUUCUUCACCGGUGACCAGCAAACAUAAAUGAUAUUCAGAAUUACAUUCUGACUUUUUAGUGCUUACACUUUAAAACAAAUCCAAAGACUCUGUGUAUAAAUUUGGGACAAGUUUCCAAAUGUGUAAGUAUCAUUUUACACAAAACAAUUUGUGGGAAUAUGCUCUGUACACAAAUUGCUCAAAAUGUGUGCGCAGUACCUCACCAAUUUACAUUCCUCUUACCUUUACCUACCUUUUUGUAGUUAAGACACCCAUCUUCGUAAUUUUCUCCAGGGAGCACAUUACCUUACUGUACACAGCACUUGUUAUCCUCCAAAAUGUUGAUGCACUUUGGGAACUACAUGCUUAGCAGUGCCAUUAAAAUGCAAAUACUUACUC